AUGGUUAUAAUGGCAAAGAACGUGAUCCUGUUCACCAUAGUGUCUUCUAUGCUGCGAGAUGCAAAUACUGAACCAGAUUCUGUCACACCACCUCUGUUGAAACAAAUAGCCAACACCGAUCCUCGCGAUAGCCUGAGCAGUAUCGCCGCAAUUUUCUCACCACGCAUGGAUUUCGAUCAAUGGAAGCCGCUGACGGGGCGUGGUGACCCAUUACGCAACGAUCCCACCUAUGAUUACGAACCGCCAAUGCUAGAAAAAGUUCAUUACUGGGCAGAUGACAGUAGACUCGAACGAGAACAUUAUCCCGAACAGAAAUCCGAGGUACUAAUGCUAGGAGUGUCUUCGCGCAAACCAAGUGUUUCGUCUCGGCCGCCGAUUCCACCGAAACGACAAAACGUUUUACAUCCACAAAAAUUCGAGGACUAUUCAUAUAAAUAUAAUGAGUAUUAUCCAAUGACUAUACUCGUGCCUCCUCCACCUCCUCCGGUUGGUUAUAAACCAUCAUUGUUUAUAACACCAGAAAAUAAAGUACCGAGACCAACGCCGCCUGCAAAUUUGGAGGCUUCUAUGCCUACUAGGUAUACUAUCUCCACUCCUGAGCUGAUAACGUCAUUUGCCCUUCAAGAAGCUAACCUUAUAUAUGAAUCUACAGAUGGCAAUCAAACGUGGUUUACACACUUUAAUAACUCACAAACAGUACCGAGUAAUACAGUAAGCAGUGAUUACGCAGGAUGGGGUCCGACUACUCCUUUUAAUGAAAGAAACAUAUAUAAUGACUUCAAUAAUUUGAUUCAACACAAAGAACAUUCUGAAAGCUUCCCACAAAAGUCUUUGGUCCAUACACACCCAUCAAGCUUAUUUUCAAAACAACAAAUCACUACAUCUAGUCCAACAACAAUUCCCACAUUCGUUCCCACUGCUUUACCACCUGUAAAGCAAACAAUAACUGAUUUCCAGGAAACAUGGCCAUAUUACGAACAGUCGUCAACCGAAACCACCACAGAGCCUCAAAUAAAUCUCGAUAAUGUUACCGACGGGCCUGAAACUACCACAGUCACUCAUCAUACUGGUACAGAUAUGUUAGGCCCAAUGAUGUCAAUGCCUUUGGUCACUGACCCGGAGAGACCAGAAGACAAUCUUUAUGCUCAUGCGUCUGAAAAUAUUCAAAUUUUUAAAGAACAUACAACUGACGAAAUGAUUGAGUUGGACGUCAUGCAAACGAUGCAACCACCACCCUUGGCCCCACAUCAAACUAGUACUACACCAGUUCACAUGCCACCACAUCAGGUAAACGUACACAGGCUAAAUGAUUUACUUCAACAAACACAAUCAAAACAUACUCAUGAUCCUUACUUACAUAUGCGGUUUACGACACCUCUGACACCAACAACAGACGAGCUAUCCCACGAAAAUAAACUUACAACAGAAUCCACCCCAAUGUAUCUCAUCAUACAAGGGCACUCUAAAGUAAAAACAUAUGGGUCGAAGCCAAAACCCGCAUCAAACUCUAUAAGUGACAGCGACAUCACAAAGCAAUAUGAAACAAAUGAGGUAAAACACUUGCAUCCUAUAAAAGACAAAUACUCAAAGCUAGAACCGAAGGAGAGUAUAAGAACGGGACGAUCACAAAAUUUAACCUCAUUAAUCGAUGCCGGUGUGGGUUCUAUAGAAAUUCAAGAGGCUGAUUUGGGAAUUAAAUAUGAUGUAAGCGACGGCAGUAAGGUGCCAGUGGAAAUUUAUAGAAAAGGGAUCGUAGAAAACGAUGAGAACAAUUAUUCUGCGUCAAAAAGACAAUAUGUAAAACGGAAUAAACGACAAAUCGAUUUAAGCGAUCUUAUACCCUUCGACGAAGAGACUAUAGAGGAACUGGUAUAUAAUUAUCUUGAAACAAAGAGGAAUAAUACCGGUGUAACAGGAUUUAUAGCUAAAGCGAUAACCGGUGACGUAAGUAAAGCUGUAAAAGAUGCUCUCAAAGAAGACGACGAAGAUCGCAGUGAUGAAUACAGAUAA